UGGGUCAGCCCUCCAAAUCAUUGGAUUCAGGUGUUCCAAUCCCCUCCAUGGACACAGGUGUAUACACUCAAGCCCCUAGGCAUGCAGACUGCUUCUACAAACAUUGGUGAAAGAAUGGGUCGCUCUCAGGAGCUCAGUGACUCCAAGCGUGGUCCCGUGAUAGGUGGCCACCUGUGCAAUAAGUCCAUCCGUGACAUUUCCUGGCUACUAAAUAUUCCACGCUCAACUGUUAGUGGGAUUAUAACAAAGUGGAAGCAACUGGGAACAACAGCAACUCCAAGUGGUAGGCCACGUCACAUGACAGGGCGGGAUCAGCGCAUGCUGAAGCGCACAGUGCGCAGAAGUUGCCAACUGUCUGCAGAGUCAAUA